UCGUAUUUAAUCCAGGCAAACGGGUCCAAUUCCCGUCAACUGAGACGCUCUUCUCCGCCAUUGGAAUGGCGUUACAUUGGCGUGUUAUGGACACCGAGGGGCGCGCGAGGGCGCACCGAGACCUCACCAACACGGCGGCGGCUUUACGGAAAACCUCAUCAACCCCUGACCAAGAUGGCGCCGCGCCUCCCUCUCGCAUACUGUAUUUCGGAAACUAGGAAGGACAAGUUUUCCUUUUUUUUUUAAGUCACCGAGAUUACAGAAUACUUUUCGGGACCUCCGCGCAGGCGCCAUGGAUACGGAGAAGCCAGCAAAGCUGGAGUUCGCGGUGCAGAUGACCUGCGAGGGAUGUCGAGAUCAAGUUCGGGCUGCUCUUGAGCAAAAAGCAGGCGUCCGCUCAGUCGACGUGGACGUCAGGGAGGGACGCGUCCUGGUGGAGACGACCCUGAGCAGCGGCGAGGUGCAGGCCCUGAUCGAAAGCACGGACCGUCGGGCCGUGCUGAAGGGCAUGGGGACCUCAGAGGAACAAGAUCUGGGCGCAGCCGUGGCGAUGGUGGCCGGCGACGGGGGGCGGAUCCAAGGAGUGGUGCGCUUCCUGCAGCUGUCCGCCGAACGCUGCCUCAUCGACGGGACCGUGGACGGCUUGGAGCCCGGCGCCCACGGCCUCCACGUGCACGCGCUCGGCGACCUCACCGAGGACUGCCGCAGUUGCGGCGAGCAUUACAACCCGUUUGGAAGACGGCACGGCGGCCCACAAGAUUCUGAGCGGCACGUCGGCGACCUGGGAAAUAUUCUGGCCGGACCCGACGGCAGGGCGUCGUUCAGACUGGAGGACAGUCAGCUCAAAGUCUGGGACGCGAUCGGGCGGUCUCUGGUGGUGGACGCCGAGGCGGACGACCUGGGCCGCGGCGCCCAUCCGCUCUCCGGGCUGACGGGAAACUCGGGCGCCAGGCUGGCGUGCGGGAUCAUCGCCAGGUCGGCGGGCCUUUUCCAGAACCCCAAGCGGGUGUGCGCCUGCGACGGGCUCACGCUGUGGGAGGAGCGAGACCGGCCGAUCGCCGGGAAAGGGCGGAGCAACCUCUGACGGGACGGCGCGGAUGACGCGUGAAAAUAUGUACACGCGGGAGUAAUAUACACCAAAGGUGCAACAAUUAAUCGACAAGUGUCAAACGAAUCAUCCAUUUUAAUAAUCGAUUAAUGAGUCAGAGCACGAGCUAGCUUAAAAUUGUCCCAACAGUAAACGUCCAGUUUCUGUCGUCCUCCGUGAAAGCGGACUGAUUACGACAUUUGAACGUGAAUAUUUUUCAUUUAUUGAAAGGCUUUUGACUUGCGGGAGCUGUUGGGCCUCCCCCUUUGCCCUGUUCUGUUCUUUCACAGAUAAGAACGCCACACCUAUGUAACGCUUUAGUCGCCAGAUAUCAUGUUUAUUUGCUAUUCCUGCUGUUGUUGUUUGAUUUAGAUUUCAUUUUUUUUUUGAGCUUUGUGUCCCCUCAUGCUCAAUGUGGCUCCAUUUCAAUAAAUAUAACCAUACAGACGA